GUUUAUCAGUACAUUACAGAAAAUAAUACACUUUAUCACAAUAUGUUAAUUUUUUGAGAAGGACUAGUAUAUUGCCCAAGAUAAAUGCAUUCUAAUUUUUGUGAAUUUACGGUUGGCUCCUACACGGGAGUCAAUGUUGCGUCUCAAAUUCUGAACUAGAGCACCAUCCUGCGGCCAAAAACGGGAGUACAAUCGUUUAGCCAAAAUGGAGAUAGUACUGGGUACUAUAUUAAACGUUAGUUCUUUUGAGGGACGAGAUUUUUGUUGUACUGGAGGUAAUAUGAGAGUGUUAAAUGGGUACUUUGUUAUAUUGUUGGCAUACCUUUAAUGAUAAAUAGCUGCACCCUCAAGCUAUCAUUGUACUGCCCUUGUGGAAACAAGUCACAUCUUGAGCUGGUAAAUCGAUCUCCACACUUGAAACCUGUAAUCCUACCUAAAUUGCUUGGACAGCCUAAAUCAUUUUCUCACGUUGCACUGCCGAGAUUUGGUGCGUUUCGUUGCCAUGGAGCAGAGUUACGCCUUCAGCAGAGACAAAAACAAAGUGAAGCAAGGCGCCUCGAAAUGGAAAGAUAAACUACGACGGACGGAAGAAAAAUGUUCUUAAUGGCAAAAAGUUUGUGAGGAAAUGUCAACAGCGGUUAGCCUAAGUGGACCAGCGCGUUCAUUCUGCAGUUGUGAGCGUCUUGUCAUUUCCCAGUAUCUGUGGUCAACACAACCAUGACUGGCAAGGAGGUAGACGAGCGCCUGCAGGUGUUGCAGAUCUACCGCUUGUUGCAGUACAUCAAUGAAAAUGAUAGGGCGCAGAUUGAGACGAUGGUCAACCUCGGGGUGGAGAACCUGAUUAAUUUCACAGAGCCUAAGAAUGGAAAAGGGGCACUUCACAUGGCGGUUGCAGCCAACAAUCAGGACUUGACAAGGUUUCUUCUCUCCUUGAGAGCGCACCCUGAUGUCCAAAAUAAGAAGGGCCACACACCUGUCAUGUUGGCAGCAGAACUGGGUAAUGAUGGCAUUGUGAAAAUGUUGGCUGAGCAUGAUGCUGAUAUGAAACUCCAAGACAGUGAGGGCAAAGGGGUUCUGUUCUACUGCAUCUACCCAACAAAGCGGCACACACGAUGCAUGGAGACGGUGCUAGAGUACCACGCAGACGUCAACAAUGUGUCAGCACAGGGGACUCACGUCUUUCAACUGAUGUGUCAAAAUGCCGAAGACUGCGCUCCCAUGUGUCACAUGAUGUUGGCUAAAGGUGCCAACCCCAAUGCAACAGAUGAGAAAACAGGUGUUACUGCUUUGAUGGAGGCUGCCAAGUCUGGAUCCCUGGAGCUUGUCAGAGACAUUCUAAAAAGGGGUGGGAAUCCCAAUGCCCUGGACCAGAAACGCUUGUCAGCCGUGCACUAUGCUGCCAUGGGGGGCUUUUUUGAGGUGCUUGUGCUAUUGUCUGCGUUCUCAGCAGACAUUAGCAUUAUUAAUGUGGAAGAAUGCACGGCCCUCCAUUUUGCUGCUAAAACAGGCAACGUCAACUGCUGCAGGUUUCUGGCUCAGAGAGGUGCAAACGCCAAAUUGAAGAACGUAGAAGGUCUUCUGCCGCGUCAGAUUGCUAAAGAUGCUGGUUUCAAACCGGCUAUGAAGGAACUGAAAAAAGCUGAGAAACAAAAGGCCAACACUGACGAGACUCUCCUGACAGAUUUAUGGGCUCUGACCCUCCAUGACUGGUCCAAUGAACAUGAAAGUGAACUGCUGCAAGCCUUUGACAGUCCAAAGGUUACCGGUGAACAGUUUACCUCAGUAUUAACAACAUUAGGUGCUCCAGUUACCGAAGAGCAACUUGAGUUAGUUAUCUCAUUGCAUGGGGGUGGAAGAUUGGCCAGUCUGAAUGUGAGUGACUUCAUCAAGGGUGUGAACUACAUCAAAAAACCGUACCUCCUCCUCUCCUACCUCCCCAAGAAGAAAAAGGGUGGGAAGAAAGGAAAGGGGAAGAAGAAGCCAAAAUUUGUUCUCCCUAUGCCUAUUUGUACCCUCCCACAAGAGUUUAAGCCCCGCCGAGAGGAUGGCGGCCCACCAGAAUACAUGAUGGAGACAUACAAAACUGAAGACUGCAGUCCACUUGAUGAAGAGCCUGCACCAGAACAUCCCGUACUUGAUGACACAUCGUGGUACACAGAGAAGCCAGACAAGAUCUACCUAAAUAUCAACUACCUCGUGAAGAAUGGCAAUAUUGAAGCUCUAGAACUGGCUUUUAGUCAAAGGAUUCCUGUAGACGUUCAAGAUCCAUAUUAUAAGACGCCACUGAUGGUAGCCUGCGCCGUUGGAAACUUGGAGGUGACUAGGUACCUCCUCCAGAAGAGUGCAACAGUGGACUUGUGUGAUCAGUUCUGCUGGACGGCGCUUCACCAUGCUGCUCAAGCUGGCAAAGUGGAAAUACUUGAACUUCUUUUGGAUGCUGGAGCAGACAUAAAUGCUCAAACCAUCACUGGUACCACCCCCCUCAUGAUUGCCAUCCAGAGCCUUCACCUCUCCUGUGUGGAGUUCUUCUUUACAGCUGGUGCCAAUAUCUUAAUGGAAAACAAGAAAGAACAAACCUGUCUUGAUGUAGCAGUUGCAUUUGCCGAUGGUGCAAUAUAUCAGUUGGUCAAAGAAAAGUAUGAAGCCAUGCCUAAACCAAAAGCAAAGGGUAAAAAGUGACAGCAAUAUCUCUCCAUCUGCCUCUCUUGGGAUUCAUUCAUUCUAACUAUGUUUCCCUUCCUGAUCUCUUUCUUCAACUUCAUCCGGUGCCGACUGUUAUGCAAUACAAUUACUUCAUCAGAGUUUGUUCAAAUAAACUAAAUUUUUCAAGAAAUUUCACCCACCAUCUCAGCCUAUGAAACCAUUUGAUCUCAUAUUAGUCAGUGUCCGCUUUAUCUGUUAACUUGGAAAUAAGUUCACAGCAGUGUUGUUUUUGGCAGCUGUUUUAAUUUUUGUCUUAGUCUUUUGAAUGAUAAUACUUGUUAGUCUUAGUCAUAUUUUAGUCAUUUCAAAAUGUGUUUGUCUUCAUCUAGGUUAUGUUGACGAAAACUCAGGACUAAUUUUUUCUAGUUUUAGUCGACGUUUACUAAAAAUCAGAGCCAUAUAAAGAGAGUCGCGACACUCCCAUAGGGAUCCAUUAUACGAUUUUACUUCCGGGUUUUCCGGGUUACGAGCCUCGGGUAGUUCCAAACGUGGAACCUCUUUUAAAUUGUCAACUCUUUCAGAGGCCCUUUGUGACGUUCACCCUCAUCUAUAUUUGUGAGAAUUGGUACACGACUGGCUUUCACGUGCUUAUUAGCUUGAUUUUGUAAGCUUUGAGCUAAGGUAUCUCCCUCAUGGAAGAGUACCAAGUCGAUGCAUGACAACCUGUUUUCUUUACACAAAAAUGUUUGACAUUAUUAUAUUUUAGAGAUACAGUGCCCUCCAUAAUU